CGGGGGAGAGGAGACUGUACCUGAGGAGAAAGAUUAUUCCCGAUCAAACCGGCACCAGAGAGAGGAUUCACGGACGCUGACCGUGCAGACUGAGAGCGGAGAAGGGGCUAGAUCGGACAUUACUCUGAGCUCACCAUGUUUUACUUCCCCGACGUAUUACAGAGAACCACCGGGAAAUUUAGCACCAUCUGGCUGGUGGCAACCAAAGCUGGGAAGGUUACAAGACGAGACUAUUUGAAAGUGAACGUUGUGAGAACAUGUGAAGAGAUCAUCAGGUACAUCCUGGUCCAGGUCCUGCCGCCCUACCCCAACACCUCCAGGCCUCGAUUCUCCCUCUACCUCUCGGCCCAGCUUGAGAUCGGCGUUGUCCGAGUCUUCCACAGGCAAUGCAACUACCUGAUAGAAGAGAUCCAGCACACCUUGGAGCGGAUCGACCGGAUGUAUUCCCAGGUUCGGAUCAACAUGCCGGAGCUGGAGCAGCCCAACCUGCUGCUGCCGGACAUGGCCACGCUGAUGGAGACCUACGAAGGGGCUUUGGAUCCAUUCUUUGGAUUGAUGACUAGUCCCCCACUGCCUAGUCCAAGUCUGAUCCCACAGGUGAAGCCGCUCCUGAAACCUCCAGUUCCGGAAGGCCCACCGGAGGUUUUGCCCAAAGCUGAAGAACCAGUUCCCAUACUCACUGUGUCUCCAGAAUUGAUCACAAUCCGUGAGGUAGAGCCCAUCUUGAUGCCUGAAGUGGAGGCUGGACCCGACUUGCCUGAGCUCAGUGUCAGGCAGCUGGAAGAUUUCCUGGCCGAGGAGUUCUGGUUCCCUGAGGAGCCUGGUGCACCGGAGACCCGAAAACUCCGGAGACGGCCUCGGCGGGAAGUUCCCAGGGAGGAGGAAGAGGUGGCACCAGAAGUCACGGAGAUAUCAGCAAAGAGACCAGAGGUCUCACCUGUGAGACUGGAGUACGAAGAGCCAUCUGCAGGGGAGGCAGAGGUCACGGGGGUCCCGUCAGAAGUCUACGCUGUCCAGCCAGCCGAAGCUGCCCCAGAGAAGGAAGUGGAGAUACCAACUCCCCCCAUGCUGCCCCCCUUGCACAAAGAAGAGUCUCCAAGGCGCCGAGAGCCCUUGCCCAGCCCAGAGCUGGUCUUACCUGAGAUCUAUGAGCUUCCACCAGUGGCACCGAAACGCAGACGGCGAAGGCUGCAAUUUAUUGACACGACCAUCCAGAUACCACGAGAGGAGAUGCAGGAGCAGAUCCAGAGAGUUGAUAUCCACUGUGUCCCAUUUCACCCCAUCAAGCUUUCACGCCAGCGGAAGGUCUCACCUGCGAGUCUGUUCCAGAACCCAGCCUAUGAGCCAUGGACGGCCCCUGCGCUGCGACAGCUGUGGACGAGGUGUGCCAGGACCAAGCCGGUGGACUACAGUGCCAGGCGCAGGCUGGAGGCUCUCGAGAUGGAGGUUCUGCGAGAGACCCUGGAGCCAAGCAUACCUCAGCUAACUUUGACAGGGUCACUGGAGGAGUCAGAGCCUGAAGCAUCCCUAAUUAAGUCACCAGAGGAAACCAGACCCCCCACGGCAGAGCUGGAAGAGAAACUCCCGACGGUGAUGGAAGUCAGUGAGACAGUGGAGGUGUCUCCGGGUGGCCUCCCACCUCCUGAAGUGACUGCUGUCACUCAUAGAUUCGUGAUGGACCUUGUGUCGAGAGAGUUGAUUGACCGUGAUGAGACUGAUCUUCACACGAUUCUUCCCACCACCAUCUCUCGCAUAGACAUCUGUCGCAUCUUCUACAUCUGUUUGGUGUUCGCCUCGAGGCAGGUUCUCCGCCUGGACCAGAUCCAGCCAUAUGGGAGGAUUACCAUCACCCCUGGCCCGCAGUUCGGCAAGGAUCUGUGAUGUGGAGGCAGGGCUCACUCACCAUUCAUCAAUCAGCCUCUCCCGUCUGAUUUUUCAGAGAAACAGGAGGAGGCCAUUGGGCCCUCAAGCCUAUCCGUUAUUCAACACGAUCAUGCAUGAUCUACACUGAUCUCAGCUCCUGUGCAGUUCCCCUACCCCUUCAGUUCCUCGCACCCUUAAAUAUUUAUCAAACUCCACCUCAAAUAUACACUGCAAUUCAAACUCCCCACCCUCAGGGCAGAGUCUCCAACUGACAGAGAAUUCCAGAAAUUUCCACCUGUCUUCAUUUGAAAUAUAGCAAUCGACCUCUGUCCUUGGCUCUGUCACUGACGAGAAGAGAUACCCUAUCAGGAUGCCUAACUGCUACACUAUCAAGCCCCCUUGGGAUGGUAUCUAAACAUUUUCUAAAUUCUGUCCCAAAUUGUCUCACCUCUUCUGGUAGAUCAUCCUAGGAAUUACCCUCCAUUGUUACUCUUAUCUUUACCUGCACAAGGAAUCAAAGCCCUCCACAGAAUUCCAGGAGUGGCCUUACUAACAACCUGUGCCACCACAACAACACCCCCUUUCCCGUUCCUAAACUCCACUCCCUGGGUAGUAAAGGCCAAACUGCCAUCUGCCUUAACCAUUUGAAAAAUCUGCCUGCUAACUUUUUUUCUAGAUUCCAGCUCAGGAAGAGACAGUACAUUUGAAUUUUAACUCUUUUGUGGUUUGUCUCCUGUUAGGUGAUCUGCUUUUUAAUUUUUUUUACUGAAUUGCAUGACAUCACACUUCCCCCACAUUACUCACAAUGUCGUCAUCAGAUUUCCUUCCGCUGGGUCAUCGGCAAACUUGGACAUCUCAUAUCUCGUCUCCUGCUCCUGAUCAUUAAACAGUGAACAAUUGUGGCCACAGACCAACCCCUGGGGUACCCCAAAAGUUGCCUCCUUCCAAUCCGAAAACAACCCACUUAUCCCAGAUACACAAUACACAAGAAGCUCAGUGGAUCAGCAUCAUCUAUGGAGGGGAAUGGACAGAUGAAGAGGGUCUCAAUCCAAAACAGCGACUGUCCAAUCCCCUACACAGAUACUGCCUCCCCCAUUAAGUUCCUCCAGUGUUUUGUGUGUUGCUCCAGAUUCCUGUAUCUGCCAUACCCUCAGCUUCUAUUAAUUCGCUCUGUUUUCAUGAAACACCAUUUUGACGCACUCCCUCCAAUAUUGCAGUUGUUGUUCCUCACCUUGUGGUGCAUUGAGCAGUGCUACCUUGACACUCAACCUGGCACAGGAAAGUGUGCAAGGAGCUGGCUGGAUUCGAUCCCGGGACCACUCGCCUUGAAGUCUGGUGUGGAUGCCACUACACCACCGGCCAGCUAUCUCUCCAAAAUUGCGGCUUUUUAAUUUGCAUCCCAGCCUCCAAUUUGGCACCUUGUCAGCUGCCUUUCAAAAAUCUAAGUAUGCCACGGCCACAGUUUUACAUUUACAAGCCUUCCCUGUCACAUCCUCGUUCUUCAGUUCCUUUAAUAUCCAAAACCCAGUGACCGAACACCCCUUUCCCACUCCUCCUGCCCUCACUAAGGGCACCAAAGAUUCUCCUCCCUCUAGAGCACAGGAAUUUAUCCUCAUCUUUGACUUCAAUGGCUGACCUGGUACGCUGACACAGUGAACACCAAC